CGUGUUGGGGCAAAGGUGCGUGGCAAGAGACGAACCCGGCUCCAGUGGGGAGAGUGAACUGCGGAACUUACGAAGGAAUGAACUGUCUACUCAAGUCAGCCGUGAUAGCCCACGCAAUAGCGACAUUGAAUGGACUAUCGUCGAAGAGAUUACACCAGCAUCCUAGUGAUGUAUCAUCAGAACAAAUAUUCCUUACUGAAACCUUAACCAGAAUUUUUUUCGAAAACCGAACGUACUUGCUAGUUAUUUGUACGGAAUACACACAGGAUUACACGGGAAUAGAUAGUUUCAUAUUCAAAAUACAUGAUGGAUUUAUAGCUCCCCUUCUGAUCGUGCAAAAUUUGACAGAAGAAACACAUUACCACCAGUUUGCAGUAACAGACACAACAGAAAACAGCGUGGGGUUUGUUUAUUUUAUAGAAAGUCUCACCGAGAAAUGUUUCGUGGAACCAAAAUGGCUGCGAGCUGCUAUUUGGAGUUCAAGAGCAAUUUUUGUAUUGGUUGUAAAAGAAGAAGCUUUAAACGUGUCUUCACAAGUACACCAAAUGUUGAGAGACUGCUGGGAAUCGUAUAACAUACUAAAUGCCGUCGUCAUCUGUAGAACGCAAUCUACAACCUAUCCUGAUGACAUAAGUGGAACAAAAAAUCUUUUUAGCGCAUUUACUUACAAUCCAUUUCUUGGUACGGGUAACGGGGAAAUUGUGACCUUGCCGGUAGACAAAUCAAGUAUUGAUGCUCUCGUAAGAAAACUGUACGACUGCAAUGGACACGUGUUUAACUACACAAGUGCCAAGUACCACCCGAUGCUGCAGUACAAAACGGAUCCAAGCGGGAAACUACAACUUGCCGGUCCGGACGGAAUCAUCGACGGCAUAGUCGUCCGGAAGCUGAACGGGAGUGUGAACGCGCUCCCCGAGUCCAGGGCAUUCUUCAGGAACGACGAGACGCACAACAAGCUGCUGAUCGCGAACGAGUACCUGCUCAUGCACUUCGUGAGGCGGUACGCGGUGUACCCUCACGACCAGGCGUGCGUGACGUUCGUGGUGCCCAAGUCGGAGCAGGUGCCGGCGUACCUGGGCGUGGUGAUGCCCUUCACGGCGGGGACCUGGGGAGCGUACUGGGGGACCUCGGCGCUGCUGGGGACCGUCUGGCUGGGAGUCGCCGGGACCUCCCCGAUGGAUGCAGUGUCCCUGGUGCUGUGGGGCUCCACGCUCCGCAGGCCCGUCCGACUAGCGCAGAGGCUGGUGGUGUGGUGGUGCCUGGUGCACAGCCUGGUGAUGACCAGCUGCUACCAGGGCUCCCUGGGCAGCUACCUCUCCACCGCGCACUUCUACCCGGACAUGAGCUCCGCCCAAGAGCUGCUCCUGUCCUCCUGGCCCAUCUCCAUCGCCAUGGACGACGAGGAGACCAAGGACAUGUUCGAUCAGACGGAGUUCGACGAGCAGACCUUGCAGCUGGCGGAGAAGCUGAUGGUCAUCAUCGACGACGACGAGGCGUUCCGCAUGCUGUCGCGCCACAGGAACGUGAGCCGGGUGUACUUCAGGACUCCGGCUGAGCGCCAGGUGUCGCGCCCCGAGUACCGCAGGGACGGCUUGCCCCUCAUGCACGUGCUGGAAGGCUGCCUCUUCAAGUUCCCGCUGGCGUUCAUAGGGCGCAGCACGAGCAACCCCUUCCUGCACCGCAUCAACGCCGUGGUGCAGCGGCUGAGCGAGGCCGGCGUCCUGGCCAAGGUGAGGCGGGAUUACCUGGACGAACCGCUCAGGAAUACCACCCUCGGCAAGACAAGAACACUUAAAAUCUUGACUUUGAACUACCUGCUGAUUCCAUUCGCGCUUCUUGGUGUUGGACUACUCCUCGGAAUGUUGGCUGCAGUGCUAGAAUUUAUAGUCAACAGUUUUCACAUGUUGUGAACUUUUCAACGAAGUCAGUGCAACUUCUUAACGAAGUCUUCUCACAAGGAAAUGCCUUAAAAUAUCUGUCCAUUGCUAUAUACAUGAAAGUCCAUAACUCAUUUAUUUAUGAACGUCAAAGAAAAAUAAUACAGUCUCAAAGAAUGCCAAA